GAAAUUGUGGACACCUGGUUGCCGAGAUCAAACCCCGUUGAGCCAAAAGACAGUUUGGAAACAAAUGAUUAUGACUCAAAUUUAUAUUUUGAUAAAAAUAAUUUAACCGACUUAACAAAAGUUGUGCGCAAGUUCUUUAAUAAAUUCAGUUAGACCUGAGGCGAACAAAUCUGCAUAUAGUGGGAUGCGUAAUAAUAUCUGGGUAACAUUAAUGCGGAUAAAAGAUGAUUGUUCGUUCACUUAGAAUUUUGCCUCAGUGAUUUCAAGGGGCAAAACUAAAUCCAUAGCGUGCGAUGUCUCGUGAAGGUAAGAGAAAAGCAGUUUUAUUUUUAUGCACUGUAACCUGUACUCUCGGUAUUCUACGGACUUCUGGUUCUACAAGAGUAACAAAACGGACUGUUUCGGAUGGUUUUAAAACGUAUCGGCAAAGUGGGAGCUUCAACAAAUCGGCAAUGGAAGGAGUGGACUCGGGCAAGCAUAUUCGCUUCGGAUGGCCUGCGCUUGGACGCAAUUUUCGAACAAAGUACAGAAGUUAUGGUGCCAUUAAAGUAGAUGGACUGCGAGGAAACAGCUUUGCUCCGCAGACAUCUUUACUGAAUAUGACCAGUUCUGAGAUGCUGAAAGCCCCAAGCAAUUCCAGUCAAAUCAACGAACGCACGGGACCAUCCGGCCUCGUAAACGAGAGCCAUCACUCUCGAAAAAAUGAUAGCGUCAGCGGAGGAGACUCUCAUCCCAAAUCUGACACACGGAGUCUUGAUAGGGAUGCUGAGAAUUUGCUCAAUCUCUCACGAAAUUCAGAGUGGAACAACGACACUGGUGCCGUCAAGUCUCAAAUGGAAUCUCUGAACAACGACAGUGGAUACCAGUCUGACACGUCAGAACAAGCAGGGCUGAUGGGAAAUUUGCCAGUUUCAGCUGAUGGCAGAAGACUACCCACCACAUACACCCUUCAAGCUGCUGAAUCAAAGCCUCUCGUACUAUGUGGGAUUGAGUCCAUGACACUGGUGGCAAAUACAAGGGAAUACAACAAUUUGAAGGUAGAUGGCGUGAGUGAUGCCCCCCUUUACCUGUCUGAGUUGCCCUCUUCCUGUGGACACACUUUUAAAAUGACGCCAAAUAAUCUUGUCUUAAAGACGCCCUAUGAUGGAUGCUUUAUUGCAAAAAAGGGUGAUAAGUACAUCAUGCCAUUGCUCUGGUGGGAGAGCCCUGUGAACAUAUCCUGCCCUGUCACAGUAACCCCAACUCCCUUUCCUCCUCCUCCUCCUCCUCUGCCUUUCCCCCCUCCUUAUCUCUUUCAUCCCCCUGUCAUCUGCGCCCCUUUUGGUAUGAAUCUGAACCUUGAAGGAGGGCUGAAUGCAGCCGAGAGGUUUGAGGUCGAGUUGGGGGGCAAGAAGGUGCCCUUUUUAUCCUCACAAUGUGGCUACCAUGUAAUUGGUAACCCUGGACAACCGAUCAUACAUGUUCCAUAUAGUGCGUGUGGGAUGAAAAUGAAGGAUGGAAUGCAUGUCCUCUCCCUUUAUUCUGGAAAGACAGGGAAGAUCUUUGCUUGUCCUCUAUCCCUCAUCUCCUCUCCUCUAUUCUCACAUUCUGUUGUACCAAUUUACGGCCAUUCCAGCCCUUCUGCUGGUCCCCAGGUUCCUCCUCUUGAAGCCCCUUUCUACCCACCUGUAUUUGACUCCUACAACUAUGACCACAGCUUAUAUACUUAUCCACAGGCGCUCCUUCCAAUUAAACUCCCAAGGCCUGCUCCCACCAAGCACACUCAUCUCCCUCCUGUCGACCAUUCGUACAGCUAUGUGAAGUCCAACAAUCACAUACACCCCUCUCCUGGUGGCUCUUCUCUUCCUCUCUUUGUCCCUUUUUUCGAUUCUAACUCAGGCAUGCAUCAAAUGGAUUUUCCAGGUUGCACACCUUUAGGUCCCAUGCCGUGCAUCUCUCCUUUCCCUUUCCUUCGACCUAAUGGCCCUCUCUCUCCUCCUCAUCACUAUCAUGAUCCAGUCUCUCUUCCUCUUCAACAUCAGCCUUAUGGCUCACUCUCUCCUCCUCCUUAUCAACCAUAUGAUCCACUCUCUCCUCCUCCUUAUCAACCAUAUGAUCCACUCUCUCCUCCUCUUCAGCCUCAUGGCUCACUCUCUCCGCCUCUUCAAAUGGAGCCUCUUGAUCUACUGUCUCCUCAUCAACCAUAUGAUCCACUCUCUCCUCCUCCUUAUCAACCAUAUGAUCCACUCUCUCCUCCUCCUUAUCAACCAUAUGAUCCACUCUCUCCUCCUCCUUAUCAACCAUAUGAUCCACUCUCUCCUCCUCAUCAACCAUAUGAUCCACUCUCCCCUCCUCAUCAACCAUAUGAUCCACCCUUUUCUCCUCUUCCCCAUCAGCCCCGUGAUCCACACUCUUCUCCUCUUCCUCAUCACCCACAUGACCCACUUGCUCCUUUCCCUCUUCCCCGUCAUCCCCAUGUUACUGCAACUUUCCCUACCUCCCCCACUCUGUCAUCGCCCUUCCUACGCUGCACCACAAGGCAAAUGAAGGUCAUCCUGUCUUCUGCUGUCCCGGGUAGCAUUGAAGUCAAAGGUCCGAAUAAUGAAUGGUGGCCAGUUACCCGUGUUCCUGGCUGUUCUUUCUACUUAGAAGCAAUGGGUGUUAAAGGAGUGAUAGUGUCCUCCCCUCUUCGCCCCUGUCAUGCAUACGCCCUGAGUCCGUCAGUGAUAACCUUACCCAUUAAAUUCAUCGAUGCUGACUCGGGGCGGCAUCGGAUUUUGGAGUUGCAAUGCCCAUAUUACUCGUCAACCUCCACCUCACCCACCACACAACCAGGCCAGACUCCUCAACUUCAGGUUAUCUGCUCCGAGCAUUCUAUGAGUGUGGUGCUUGCCCCAGGUCCCGAAUAUGCCCUGCUGGUUCAAGGGACAGAAACCGGACAGAGUGGUACCCACAGGCCUUGUGGGUAUUCCAUGACUAAGGGAGAGAAUGGUAGAAACGUGCUGGUUGUCCCCUUCAGUUCUUGUCACGUGUCUGUGCAGGGUAACCAUCGGAAAAUUUUUGUAAAAUUUCGGACACUGAGCGGGAACGAAGGAGAGGUGCCUUUAUCAUGCCUAAUUACUCCACCAAUCAAAAAGAAAGGUUGUGAGAUCGGUGAUGACUUCCGCCUCCCGUGUGGGCCCGGCCUGGUUUCGCCUGCUGAAUGUCAGUCUCUGGGCUGCUGUUACUGUACUCGCACACAUGCCUGCUACUACCCUCUGGAUGAGUGCACACCUGACCGUCACAUGAUCUUCACUGUGCCUGCCUCUCUUACGAAGCCUCCUCUGUCUACCUCCUCGCUGUUCACGCCUGGCAACAAUACCUGCUUCCCCCUAAAGGUCACUCCCAGCUUUGCCCUGUUCAAGAUCCCACUGGAUGGUUGUGGGGUGCACAAAUAUGAGGUCGGCCACACUAAAAUCUACAUGGUGGAGAUCCUCAAUAUCCUCUACGCCAUCAGCCUGAACUAUGGCACCAUCACCAGAGACUCUCCAGUCAGGCUGACAGUGGAGUGUAGGUACAGUCCUCGCGCCCAUGUGAGCGUGGCCUACCUGGUGAAGACGCCCUCCCUGGGGCCCUCCAUUGAGGCCCAGGGGGUGUUUGGUGUGCAGCUGAGGAUCGCCAAAGACGAGAAUUACACGGACUAUUACCCUCAGUACCACCUCCCCCUCAGCCGUCUCCUGAAGCAGCCGCUGCACCUGGAGGUGCGUCUGCUCAACCCCCCGGAUCCCAGCAUGGUGCUGCUGGUGCACUACUGCUUGGCCUACCCCCGCUCAGCACGGGCGGCGUGGGUGCUCAACUACGAUGGUUGCCCAAACCAGCUGGACACCACUGGGCUCCUGCCCACCUCAGCCCCAUCCCCACUGAGCCCGACCAGAAGAUUCACCAUAAGAACAUUCCAGUUUCUCUCCUCCGACUUGUCCUACACGGACGAGGAGAUUUACUUCAUGUGUUCAACAGAGGUCUGCUCUCAAUCCGAAGGCCCCUGCGUCGAAGGCUGCAUUCACUUUCCCACAUCUGGGAAGUGAGAAGAGGACCACUGUCGCUGGAGAUCCAGAUGGCUCAAAACAAGGCAACAAUAAAAUUCCUCAGAAAUAAAA